AUGAAUGUGUUGAAAUUGCAAAAAAAAUUCCCAGACUUAAGACAAGAAGAUUUCUUUAGCAUCAUUGAAGAUUUCAGAAAGAUUGAUUUGGAAGAUAAAGGCUGGGUCGAAAAGAAGGAUGUUAUCAAUUCUAUUUCGCAGACAGGGAAGUAUUCUUAUGACGAAACGAGAGAGACAUUGAAGACCGUUGAUGUUGACGCUUCUGGGCACGUUGAAUUGGACGACUACGUUGCUUUGAUUCUGAAGUUGAGUGAACGUGGACCGAAAGUUUCACACAUUUCUCCUGUCGGAGGCCGGCCCGGCGGUGUAUCCGAUGUGGUACCUCCAACUAGUCCAGGAAAAGCCUUUACCGGUGUAGCGCCAAUUGCUACAGCUAAUACAGCGAAUAAAACAUUCUUGAGUGGUAAGACUUCUGGCACUACCCAUACAAUAGAUGAUGAAGAAAGAUCUGCUUUCACUCGGCAUGUGAAUUCAGUUCUCGCAGGGGACGAGGUAAUUGGUGAAAGAUUACCUUUUGAUACUGACUCAUUUCAAAUCUUUGAUGAAUGUCGAGAUGGGUUGGUUUUAUCCACUUUGAUCAACGAUUCUGUCCCUGACACCAUUGAUACCCGUGUUUUGAAUUUGCCCAAUACGAAGAGAAAAACCCUCAAUAAUUUUCAAAUGUCUGAGAAUGCAACGAUUGUGAUAAACUCAGCUAAGGCGAUUGGCUGUGUGGUUGUCAACGUGCAUUCUGAGGAUAUCAUUGAUGGGAAAGAGCAUUUGAUUUUGGGCUUGAUUUGGCAAAUCAUUCGUCGUGGGUUGUUGUCGAAAGUCGACAUAAAGCAUCAUCCAGAAUUGUAUCGCUUAUUAGAAGAGGACGAGACCUUAGAGCAAUUUUUGAGAUUACCCCCUGAACAGAUUUUGUUGCGCUGGUUCAAUUACCACUUGAAAAACUCAGGUUCCGUUAGAAGAGUCUCAAAUUUUUCCAAGGAUGUUUCUGAUGGUGAAAAUUACACAAUUUUAUUAAACCAGUUGAAACCAGAAUAUUGUGAUUUAUCUCCAUUACAAACUAGUGACUUAUUGCAUCGGGCUGAAGAAGUUCUAGCUAAUGCCGAUAAGAUCGGCGCUCGCAAAUAUUUGACACCAAAAUCUUUGGUAUCUGGAAAUCCAAAGUUGAAUCUCGCUUUUGUGGCACACUUGUUCAAUACUCAUCCUGGGUUGGAUCCUGUGGAAGAGCAUGAAGUCCCGGAAAUAGAAGAGUUUGACGCUGAAGGGGAAAGAGAAGCAAGGGUUUUCACUCUUUGGUUGAAUUCUUUGGAUGUGGACCCAUCAAUUGUUUCCCUCUUUGAGGACUUAAAAGACGGAUUGGUACUUUUACAAGCAUUUGAAAAGGUUUUACCGGGUAGUGUUUCCAUGAAACACAUUAACAAGAAACCUUCAAAUGGAAGUGAAUUGUCUCGAUUUAAAGCCUUAGAGAAUGCAAACUAUGGAGUUGAAAUUGGUAAAGCAAACGAUUUCUCCCUAGUUGGUAUUGAUGGAUCUGACAUUGUGGAUGGAAAUAAAUUGUUGACUUUGGGGCUUGUUUGGCAGCUUAUGAGGCGCAACAUUACAAACACUUUGUCUAGUUUGGGUAAUGGCAGAAACGUCUCUGACACGGAUAUUUUGAAGUGGGCUAACAGUCAGGUGACUAAAGGCGGUAAAACGUCAAAAAUCAGGUCGUUCAGUGAUCAUUCUUUGUCUAAUGCAGUUUAUCUACUUGACGUCUUAAACGGUAUCAGACCUGGUUAUGUUGACUACGACUUGGUUUAUCAGGGCGAGCGCACGACAGACGAAGAAAAAUACGCAAAUGCGAGAUUAGCCAUCUCUAUUGCAAGGAAAAUAGGGGCACUCAUUUGGUUGGUUCCGGAAGACAUUAAUGAUGUUAGAGGAAGAUUGAUUUUAUCCUUCUUAGGAAGCUUAAUGAGUGUGGCUGAAGAACACUAG